AUGAUCCCACGACACGCCCAUAAGAGGUCGGUCUCUUCCGAGCACCGCUCCUUAUCCCCCGACAGAACCGUUACCAAAGCCAAGUCUACCACGAACCUCUCUGACGCUGCCUCUACCGGGUCAAAACGAUCAUCUCGGUUCGACGAUGCCAGUUUCAGCACCUUGCGGGAUCCGCGAUUGGCGGUCGGGGCGGAGGUUUCACAUUCAACGUCAUCGUCUCACCACCCCGACCUGAGCAACGAGGUUGCAGCAUUGUCCGUGAAACUGAUCCAAGCUAUCAACAACCAAACAAACUUGGACGACAGCUUGGUUGCUACGCGGCAAGAGUUAGAGCUUGCACAGGGCAAGAUCCAAGCUCUCGAAUUUCAAAACGAUAAAUAUCGCCGUGACAUCGACACCCAAGUUUACACAAAGAAGGCCGAAUCCGAUCGCGUAAUCCUACAGUUACGAAAUGAACUCGCGGAGGAGCAGACCCAGCGUGCUGCUGUUGAAAAGGGCAAGAAAACCAUUGAGCAGGAGUUGGAAACCCUGACUGCGGCUCUCUUCGAAGAAGCCAAUAGGAUGGUAGCUGCGGCUAAGAUUGAGCGCGAAGCGGUGGAGAAGAAGAACGAACAGUUGCGUUCACAGAUCAAAGACACAGAGUUGCUCCUAGCGUCACACCAAGACCAACUCGCUGAGCUCAAGUCCGUGAUGCAAGGGAUGCACAUCUCCAAGGACGACCUCGAUACUCGAACUACCACCGCUCCACCGUCCCCUGCUGGGCCCACGCGAGCGCAGGGCUCUGCAAAGCAAGAGUCUGAGCUCGAACCGGUUCCGUCAUCGAUCUACAACAUUGAAGAAUUUACCCCGGGUCCUUCUUGCAACUUUCCGGAUAUGCUCCGCAUGGUAUGCCGGACCGAUCUGCAGGCCUAUGAGGAUUUCCGUGAUCUUUUGGUCCUCUCUCGGAGCUCCAAACCCCCCAGCCGUGCGGCUAGUGGCUCAUAUGGUGGGCUGAACGUUAUGGGGAUGGGCUUGGCAAGCUUCGCAAGUGGGGGUGCUUCAUCUACGACUUCUUCUCCAACCAAAGGAUUCGCCCAUUCACCUAAUGGGAGUAUGUCUUCCACUACCGGUUCCCACAUUCCUUUAAAGGAGACACGCUUCUAUAAACGAGUCCUUCUGGAAGACAUUGAGCCUACCCUGCGGCUAGACUUGGCCCCAGGAAUCUCUUGGUUAACCCGACGCACCGUUCUCAGCGGCAUCUGCGAGGGAAGUCUUGUCGUGGAGCCAAUGCCUUCGGCUUCCAAGAAGUUUGAGUUCCCUUGCUCCGUCUGCGGUGAACGCAGAACCGGCACAGACAAUGAAAGAACCCACCGUUUCCGCACAUCUGACAGCGAGAACGCUCAGAGAUAUUCACUCUGCCUUCUCUGCUUGGAGCGAGUACGCUCUUGCUGUGAAUUUACUGGUUACCUGCGUCUUAUUCUAGACGGACACCUUCGCGCUGGCGAUACCGACGAAGAAAAAGAAAUCUGGGACGAAACCAUCCGCCUACGGGAGAGGAUGUUCUGGUCUCGCAUUGGAGCAGGUAUCAUUCCUUUGUUCAAACGGCAAGAUGAAGUUGGAAUCGAAGCCGAACCUACGAAUUUCGACAAUGGCACCAACGAGGACGAUGAUGAGCAAUACAUGGAGCCCGUGGACGUCACCUUUCUUCAGUCACGAGCAACUGAGGUUUCGCUCAACAGUCCCGAUCACGAAAACCAUACAGUCCAAUCCGAUGCCCCUCGACCGCAAAGCUCCAUCUAUGACGGCGACGAUUUGGCCAUGAGCGAAAGGGACUUGAAGCGGAUCUCUGCUGACUCCGACGUAAGCGUUUACGAAGAAGCCAUCGCGGAUGUGACCAUCGACGUCAAGGAACAUGUUUCCGAGGCUCCCACCUCCGCCCCUGCUCAGAACAAGGAUACAGAGGCAGAAGCAGAAGCAGAAGCAGAAGCAGAAGCAGAAGCUCCCCAUCCAAAUGCCGUUUCCUCUUGA